UGACCCAAACCAAGCAAGACCCGGAUGUUGACACUCAGAGGAAAUUACGUCAUAACGUUUGAAUCGUGCAGGCUAACAACAAGCACCGUCGGUCCUGAACUAGUGUGAACGGAUUAGCCUUCCCUGCUCUCACACAUCUGGGAGGGGGGACUUUAAAGCUUCAUGCAUCUAUAAUCUACAUCACGCACAGCAAUGGACCUCCAUAAAAUCAUUCACAGUGCUCUGCACGAAUUCAUCCAGGCCUAUAUUCCUGAUGCAGAUCUCAGCACUCUGGAUGAUGUUCUUCUGUCCUACAUCACUGGAGUCCUGGAGGACCUGGGUUCUCAGCAGAGCGUUGAGGAGAAUUUUGAUGUGGAGGUCUUUGCAGAAAUGCUAGAAGCUUACAUACCUGGGUUUGCUGAAAUUGACAGUGUCAAAGUUUGUGAGAUGAUGUUCAGCCUGGCCUCAAAGCUAGCCACCGCUCGCACAUCAGCUUAUGAAGAAAACAGUGUGCCUGAGGCAGGGAGAGAGGAGAUUUCAUCCAAAUUCACCGGCCUGCCACCUCCACCAGGACAAGAACCACAAUUCCUUAAAACAGAGGGUGCUACAGCAAAGCUGUCGGAGUCUGAGUGGGAGUCCCAGGAACAGCACCUGCUGGAGAUGUUUCCAAAGUGCAGUUUGUCAGAGGCUCGCAGUGCUUUGUCUAUUGCCAAAGGAGACAUGGAGGAAGCGGUGCGCCUCAUCAUCGAGGGGGACGUGCAGCUCAGCCCCACUCCUCUUAACGUAAAUCAUGGGAAGAGUAUUUCUUCACUGGCAGACCAGAAACUAAAGGAGAGCAUACUCGAGAAGUACAUGCUGGUAGACAGAGAGGAAGAUAAGAAAACUCAUCGACCUGUCGCCCCCAAAGAGGCUCCAAAGAAGCUUGUUCGCUACCAUGGCAAUCAAGUCGUAACCACAAAAGGAGAGCGAUAUCAGCUCGUGAAGACAAACGAGUCUGAGGACAUGAAGAAGACGUACGUCAACCUGAAGCCAGCCCGAAAGUACAGGUUUCAUUGAUGACGAGCACAACACUGUAAGAGCAGCUAAUGCUAUUAUUGUUUACACUUAUUUUUUAUUUAUGGAGCUCAUUUAACCUAAAUUAUGUUUUUGUUUUUUCCUGAAUAAGGACGUUCUUCUUGUGUUGGUGGCUUAUUUUGAAGUGUUGUUGCCAUUAUGCCUUGAAACAAUUAUUUUUGUUUUUAGUUGGAACGCUGUUUACUUAAAUUGAUUUUAUUUUUAUUUUUUUACUUUUGAGUGAUGUUUUUUAGUCAGGUUGUUGUAACCAGUGUUCUUGUUUGUGUAACAAAAUGUUUUUGGCCACCUCAGCAGGUCUGAUGUCCCAUUGACAGCAUUUUUCAACACUGAAAAGAGACGACCCGUAUUUAUGAAAGCCAAGUUGUGAACAAAUCUGUACUCUGUGUAAAUAGAUGUUGAUGACAAAUUUAGAUUUUUUUUAUGUGUCUCAAAAACGCAGAUUUCAUUACAAUCCAUUUUAUAUCUUAGACUAAAGUGCUGUGAUAAUUUUCAUUCUAGCCUGGGCGGUGAGACAGUUGCUGUGCUCCAAACCUUAUUAUUAUCCACUUCCUCUUUAUAGAUCAAAAACGUUGGUAAUCAGUCUACAUGUGGAGUUGUUGCCCAAUUGAAAAGGAAACAAAUUAGGCAAAACUGAUUGUCAACCUCUUUACUUGAGACAGAUUCAGUUUGGACCCCAAAUAAAGCAAACUUGUUUAUUUUCACACAUUAAAACAAUAUAUGGAAUUGCCUGUAGCUAAACAGAAAAGGUGGUCCAGCUUCCCAAUUUUAACAUGACUAGUGAGGAAGAUAUUAAAAUCUACUUUUCUUUUAAUGCAUUUAUCUUCAUAAAGCCCUACCAAGACUGUAAACGUGAGAAUUUAUUGAUAAGCAUGCACAAUUAAGAGAUUCAGUCUCAAAUAAUCAAAGAGAAAAUUUGAUUAAAACAAUCCAGACAUGCUGGAGCCUGGACCACUUUUUAACCACUGAAAUAAAUUGGUGCAUUACAGAAUUUGAUUAUUUUGUAACAAGUUUUGUAAGAAUUCAAAAUCCAGCAGUGAGCAAACAUAUAAAAACACUUUCUACACAAGCCAACAGCAUUUUUUUUUUUAAGGGAAAGAUGCAACUGCGAUUUAAGUGUAUAUUUACGCAAAGCAAAGUUAGAUUUCAAUAUGUAGUCUAUUUAAAGUCUAGAUUUGCUCCUCAUUGGUUUUGUUAGUAUACAUUUUAUUCUGGAAAGCAUCACAAUUUUUGGAUAGUUGGAUUUUAUUAGUAUAGGCAUAAAAUUGUGAUUUCAACUUGACUUGGAUCUAAAACGUUUUAUUAUUUUUUUCUUGUGGUUGUAGUGAAACUAUGAGUGGGUUCAUAAUUAUUGUUUGUAUAUUAAGAUAAGUUUUUGAUUUUUUUAACCAAUAUUUAAAGGUUUGUUCUUUAUCCAUUUGGUGUAAAGUAAUAAUCAGUUUUAAACAAGUGAUAUAUUGUUUUCCUGACUGUAGUAUAAACCAAAUGAGUGUUGACAACGUGUUGUUACUGAUACAGUUCAUCAUAACUGACUUUUACUUCAUGGCUUGGAGAACCUACUGACCCACAAUUUCUAGUAAAUGCUAUUUUUUGUAGACGA